CAAAUGACCUGCAUAUAUAAUGGCACGAACGCCCAUGAAUACGAUACAGUCGUACAGUCAUUUUUCUGACAGCGAGAUUAUUCCAUCUUCUCGCGCCAAAUCAAAUCAAACUUCAGUACUAGGUUCGAUCGGUUGGAAAUCAAUGGAGACCGCCACGUCCAAGCCUCAUUUUGUGCUCGUCCCAUGGAUAGGUAGCAUCAGCCACAUCCUCCCCAUGACUGACAUCGGCUGCCUCCUCGCCUCGCACGGAGCGCCGGUGACCAUCAUCACGACGCCGGUGAACUCGCCACUCGUCCAGAGCCGCGUGGACCGUGCCACGCCACACGGCGCGGGGAUCACGGUGACCACGAUCCCGUUCCCGGCCGCCGAGGCCGGCCUGCCGGAGGGCUGCGAGAGGCUGGACCUGAUCCCGUCUCCGGCCAUGGUGCCUGGCUUCUUCCGCGCCAGCAGAGGGUUCGGGGAGGCGGUGGCGCGGCACUGCCGUCGGCAGGAUGCUCGUCCCCGCCGCCGGCCGAGCUGCAUCAUCGCGGGGAUGUGCCACACGUGGGCGCUUGGCGUGGCGCGCGAGCUCGGCGUGCCGUGCUACGUCUUCCACGGCUUCGGCGCGUUCGCCCUGCUGUGCAUCGAGUACCUCUUCAAGCAACGGCGACACGAGGCGUUGCCAUCGGCGGACGAGCUCGUCGACAUCCCGGUCCUGCCGCCGUUCGAGUUCAAGGUGCUAGGCAGGCAGCUGCCGCCGCACUUCGUGCCUUCCACUUCCAUGGGGAGUGGAUGGAUGCAGGAGCUCCGGGAAUUCGACAUGUCCGUGUCCGGCGUCGUGGUGAACAGCUUCGAGGAGCUGGAGCACGGCUCCGCGGCGCUCCUCGCGGCGAGCGCCGGCAAGAAGGUGCUCGCCGUCGGGCCCGUCUCGCUCCCCCACCAACCGAUUCUCGACCCGCGGGCCGCCUCGGACGACGCGAGGCGGUGCAUGGCGUGGCUGGACGCUAAGGAGGCCAGGUCCGUUGUGUACGUGAGCUUCGGCAGCGCCGGGCGGAUGCCGGCGGCGCAGCUGAUGCAGCUCGGCAUGGCCCUGGUCUCGUGCCCCUGGCCUACACUCUGGGUCAUCAACGGCGCUGACACGUUGCCCGGCGACGUGCGGGACUGGCUGCGCGAGAACACCGACGCGGACGGCGUCGCGCACGCGCACAGCAAGUGCCUCGUGGUGCGUGGGUGGGCGCCGCAGGUCGCCAUCCUGGACCACCCGGCCGUCGGCGGCUUCAUGACACACUGUGGGUGGGGGUCGACUCUGGAGAGCGUCGCCGCCGGCAUGCCCAUGGUCACCUGGCCAUUCUUCGCCGAGCAGUUCAUCAACGAGCGGCUGAUCGUGGACGUGCUCGGCAUCGGGGUGUCCGUCGGCGUGACGAGGCCGACGGAGAACGUUCUGACGGCUGGUAAGCUCGGAGGCGCCGAGGCGAAGGUGGAGAUCGGGGCCGAUCAGGUGAAGAAGGCAUUGGCGAGGCUGAUGGAUGAAGGGGAAGACAUGAGAAGGAAGGUUCACGAGCUCAAGGAGAAAGCAAGGGCUGCUCUGGAGGAAGGUGGAUCGUCGUAUAUGAAUUUGGAGAAAUUGAUCCAUUCUUCCGUUUGAAUUUCGAUUUGUUCGUGAUACUCAAUUGGUUCCUUGUUACUGCAUAAUAUAGUUGGUUUUAUUCAGAUGAGAAUAAUCAUGGUUCUACUUCUUUAGAACAUAUAGAAAAAGAAUAACUAGCUGAUUUUCGUGUUUGAUUUUGUGCAAAGCUAAAUUUUCAAACAAUUGUAUUUGAUAUAUAAAUAUUAACAUUUGAUUCUAUAAGACAUGGUUGUAUUUUGUAUAUAAACAGUAAAAUGCUCAUGCAUUGCAACGGA